AUGUCAAUGUGUAAUCCUUCAGCAACUCCAAUAGAGGCAAAGAUGAAGCUGACAAAGGAAGACAGUGGCUCAUUUGUCGAUCCCACAGAAUAUAGAAGCAUUGUUGGGAGUUUGAGAUACCUGGUGAAUAUAAGGCCGAAUAUAGCCUAUGUUGUUGGAGUUGUAAGCCGAUAUAUGGAGAAGCUCACUGAUCAACAUAAAGCAGAAGUCAAACAAAUUCUAAGAAAGAGCACUGGUGGGUGUGUGUUCUUGCUUGAAGGAAACAUGAUUACUUGGAAUUCACAAAAACAGGAGAUAGUUGCCUUGUCGUCCUGUGAGGCUAAGUAUAUGGUUGCUGCAAUGGCAGCUUGUCAAGGGAUAUGGCUGUUAUGGCUCAUUGCAGAUUUACUUGGCAAGAAUCAUGGCUUGAAGGUGAACAACAUGUCCACAAUUGAGCUAAGUCAAAAUCAUGUGCACCACGGCUGA